AUGGAAGUCACCGUCGGUUUGCAAUCUUCGGGAUAUCAAGUCCUCUCUGUAGAUCCUUCGUCGGAAAGUGAUAUGCAGAACUACUCGUCUUUCAGUGACCUCCCACUUAUCAUUAGCGGGCUGCCCAGCAUCGACUCGAUCACUAAUUCAUCAUAUACGAGGAGCAAUCAACCAAACGCUACCUCGUCUUCAAACAUGCCAAACCUGUUUCAAGGGGGUCAAUACGACUACUAUUUUGAGGCUAUGUUUGCAGAUGCACCUGAGUUACCCGUAGAGGCUUUCAUGCAGAAAGAUGUUUUGAUUAAAGCCGCCCAGACACAGUGGUCCGCUUAUUGGGCAAGGAUCACGGACGCCUACAUGCGCGUGCCUGUGGACCAAGACCAAACAAUCCAGGGAAGCGUCGUGUAUUAUAGCACGAGGGUCUUUGUAGAUCGACGUACCGCGCGGAUCAUGGAGGGCCUUCUCGCCGGUAUUGUCGUAUGCAUCAUCUUCGUCGCUUUUUCCCUCAGGACAGCGAGCGGCCUGCCGCGGCCACCGCACUCGAUAGCGUCGCAGAUGAGUCUCUUCGCGGGAAGCAAGACGUUGACCAUGCGUGAGCUGCGGAGGUCUAACGCCCAGCACAUGUCUUCUGCCCAACUGAGGAAAGCACUCGAUGGCUACUGGUUCGGUCUUGGAUGGUGGGAGGAUGAUGCUGGACAAGUGAGGUAUGGCAUCGACAUGGCGGUGCCGGGUGCGCAGCCGGAGCGGCUGAGUGACUACACACCUGUGCUUAAUCUGGCGGAGGGGAAGAAAGGAUUCUCGAGAUUUGAUAGUGCUGAGGGCAUUCCCAAGGUUGAAGGACUGGAAUCCUACCAGCUGCAGGACAUGAACGGACGUCGAGAAGACAAAGACACAGGGGUUGAUGUCCACAUUGUGUAA